GUUCCAGCUGAUGCGUACGGGGUCUCCGGGCCAGCACGAGCAGGGGUCGAGCUAUGUCCCCCGCUAGGGGCUGACUACAGAUAUGGCGUUCCCGGGGCGCUCACUGCCCGGGGUGUUUGGGAGCCUGGUGCAGCCUCCUCUGGGGCAGAAGUAUUACUGUCACCCUGGAGCCCCGGGCCCGCAGUGUAAUGGGGAUACCAGGGAACCCGAGCCGGACAGGCCUAUCGGUUAUGGGGCCUUCGGAGUGGUCUGGUCAGUAACUGACCCACGUGAUGGGAAACGUGUUGCACUGAAGAAGAUGCCGAACGUCUUCCAGAACCUGGUGUCCUGCAAGAGGGUGUUCAGGGAGCUGAAAAUGCUCUGCUUCUUCAAACACGAAAAUGUUCUCUCAGCGCUGGAUAUUCUGCAGCCUCCACAGAUUGACUGCUUUGAAGAAAUAUAUGUAAUCACAGAGUUGAUGCAAAGUGACCUACACAAGGUUAUUGUGUCUCCCCAGCCUCUUAGUGCCGACCACAUCAAGGUCUUCCUGUACCAGAUCCUGAGAGGACUGAAAUAUCUUCACUCUGCUGGAAUUCUGCACAGAGACAUCAAGCCUGGAAACUUGCUGGUGAACAGCAACUGUGUGCUCAAGAUCUGUGACUUUGGCCUAGCCCGUGUGGAGGAGCUGGAUGAGUCUCAGCACAUGACACAGGAGGUUGUGACUCAGUAUUACAGAGCCCCUGAGAUCCUCAUGGGUAGUCGUCACUACAUGAGCGCUAUAGAUAUCUGGUCUGUGGGCUGCAUCUUCGCUGAGCUCCUAGGGAGGAGGAUCUUGUUCCAGGCACAGAGCCCCAUUCAGCAGUUGGACCUGAUCACAGAUCUCCUGGGAACUCCACCUCUCACCGCCAUGCGUUCAGCCUGCGAAGGAGCCAGAGCCCACAUCCUGCGAGGCCCCCACAAACCGCCAUCGUUAUCUGUGCUGUACAUGCUGUCUGGCGAGGCUACCCACGAGGCCGUUCACCUCUUGUGUCGGAUGCUGCUGUUUGAUCCGCUGAAGCGGAUAUCUGCCAAGGAUGCCCUGGCCCACCCAUACCUUGAGGAGGGCCGCCUGCGCUACCACACCUGUAUGUGCCACUGCUGCUACUCCGUGUCUUCUGGUCGGGUGUACACCGCAGACUUUGAGCCCACAGCCAGCCCUCGAUUUGAUGACUCGUAUGAGAAGAGCCUCACGUCUGUCUGGCAGGUCAAAGAGUUAGUCCAUCGAUUCAUCACAGAACAACAACAGGGAAAGCGUCCACCACUGUGCAUCAACCCGCACUCUGCAGCCUUCAAAACGUUCAUCAGAUCCACGGCCUGGCAUUCCUCAAAAGUGUCCAAGAAGGAGGAGAGAUGAGCAGCGUUCUCUGCCUGACACACAUUGGGAUGGGGGGACGGCGACAGCCUCACCUACAGCGCCGUUAUCCUCUCGCAGCAUGAAUCGCCCUUCAGCUGUUGUACAUGAUAAUCUCUUUCACCUGUUCUUCUGUCUCCCUCAUUCUGUUUGCACUUUGUUAGCUGUAUCUCACAUCCCAGAAUCCUGUGCGAUUCCACGCCUCUUCCUCAGAGGGAGGGGAGCAUUGACUGGCUGAGGGUCCGUGAUAAACAUUGCUGUAAAUAUUUUCUAUAGAGAUCCCUCUGCCUUGCCCAGCCUCCUCUCCUCGUCCUGCAUUCCCAUCUACUCACCCACAGCUGAGUUGAGAAGCAGAAUUACUACCUCUCUAGCAGUGAGAGGGUUAAAUGCAUGGUCCGCCACUCUGUCUCCUUUUUAUAUCUUUCUACAUAUCCUUAAACUCAUUAAAUACCCUGUAAUUCUUCCUUUUUAAAUAUCAUGUAACUCCUUUUAUAAUAUUUGUUGUCUGGCUAGUUCACGGAGAUGUGGUGACACCGUGUGGUCAUAGUGCAGAAUGCAGGGUGCAGUCCCUCUGACACUGUGUUGCACAUGUAUAAUAAUUGGGCCUUCUAGAUGAUAAAUAACACAGAGUUGACGCUGCUUGUGUUGAAAUGAUAUUGCUAGUAUAACAAGAAAUGUUUCUGCCUGUUGGUGCCACUCUGGCCAGUGCAGGGAAUAUCUAUUCUGCAGGUAUCGCUGCAGUGUUAGUGCCACCCUGUGGAUGCUGUAUGUUAUUGAAAUGGGAACGUUCCCAUGGAUAAUGCACCCCCUCUCUUUCAGAGGCCACUGCAAUAACUUCUGGGAGGGAAUUGGUUAGAGGGUUUAAUAGAUUUGACAGUUUCUCUCCUCAUUUUUAACUUAUAACUUGUGUACAGAUGUGUGUGUAACGUUGUGUUAGAGCGAGCGGAAUUAUCACUGUAUCUAUGCUUUGAAUCCCAUUCAAUAAUCUACCUCUUCCAUUAAGUGUUUAUUUUUGUUAUGAUUAUGUUAAAAUAUGUUCAGUUUAAUGUUGUUUUUUUUGUUUUAUUAUUUUUUUUUCCUAAAUGUGAAAAAACCCAGAAUCCCUGAAAACUUGAAUUUAGAGUUUAGGUUUUAUUUAAAGCCUGUUGGUUAGACCCAGCAGUUUAAAUAAAGUCUGUCCUGCCUUUUA